ACGAAGUUUAGCUGUCUCUCACGCGCAAAAUCCAUGAUGGCGUCCAUUUUUUCUGCAAGAACUUAUGUCAAGUUUUGCCAGGAAACAACUUUACAUGGUUUGAAACAUACUGUGUCCGAACAGUUUCAUUGGGUAGAGAGGCUGUUGUGGUUCAUCCUGACUUGCGCGGCGUUUCUCGGAGCGGUCUACUGCGCCCUGCGGCAACUGUCCAGAUACAACUCUGAGCCGGUGGUGGUAUCUCUUCGGCGUGAUUAUCGCAGCUGGUGGACAGUUUUCCCGGCAGUCACGGCAUGCUUCCUGGAUCGAGUGCAGCGAGCGAAAGCGCAGGAUACCAUAGAAAUGUUGUGGAAUGUGACGAAAGAAUCCAAUCCGGGUCGGUACCAAUACUACCUGGGCUUCAUCGAACUGGUCUCCGAUGUAUCUUUUCGCACCAACUUGCAGAACUUCUGGAAGUAUCAGACGGAUGAAACUGUGAAAGGAGUGGACUUGCUUCAACUAGCUCUGGACGUUCAUCCUACCUUCCCUCUCAAGGUCAUGGUCUCUAAGCAGGACAAAGAAGUACAAUGGGUCCCAGUGAUGACCGAAAUGGGUAUGUGCAUGACCUUUAACUCGGAAUACGCGGUGUACCAGUUCCUCCUCCCGAAUGUGGACUGGUCCGUCGACCAGUUGCUGAAGUGCCAUUACUUGAGUGGACAGUGCUUUGUGAGGGUAGACUCGAUGAAUAACGCUAUCAAGUAUUUCGUGCAUUCGCCAUUUGACAUACCCAACGCUCUGUCGAACCCCACUAGAGAAGUUAUGCCUGGUGAAGAGCUGGUCAUGGAUUUUAAGGCAGUGGAAAUCCAAGCUGCUCCUGGAGUGAAGAAUCUUCGUCCGGAACAACGUCGUUGCCGGUACCCUGAUGAAUGGAUUAGUGACUCCAUCCGGAUGGCGAAGUCUGUGACGCGCACGGCAUGGCGUGCAUCGGACGCAAUGUUGAGAUCCUCAUCAAUUUGCCGAAGAACUUGGCUAAAUGCUCCUGCCUACCUCAAUGUGCCGAGCUCAACUACUAUUCUCAUACAAAAAAGGUCGUUAUUCGUUUUGCCGUUUGGACUGGAUGUUGGAUUGCUUGGUGUGGCUACGUAUUAUAGUACGCGUUUAAAGAGACCGGAUCCGGUGAAUGUUAUGAGCAUAUUCGGUCCAGAGGUUGGCUCUAAGGAGGCCGAAGCGAAUCCUGAUCAAGUGGUGCAGUGCAUAGCUCACAGAGGGGCGGGGUUGGACGCGCCAGAAAACACUUUGGAAGCAUUUAAAUAUUGCGUAGAAAGAGAAUGCAACUUUGUGGAGCUGGACGUCCGGACCCUGAAGGACGGCCAGCUGGUGCUGCUCCACGACCAGGGGCUGCAGCGGCUCUCCGAGUCGAGCAUCACGGACGUCACCGGACUCACGUGGGAGGACAUCAAGGAUAUAGACAUUGGUGUUACGCAUCCUAACAGGCAACGCUAUAAAGAAGUGAAAAUCUGCCUGCUGGAUGCAGCGUUGGACUACUUGCUGGAGAAACAAGUCCGUUGCAUCAUAGACGUGAAGGGCGACAAUAAGGAGGUUAUAAACGGCAUCCUGAACACAUUUGAGGCCCGGCCCGCGCUCUACAAGUCUGCUGCCGUCACUUGUUUCAACCCUGCCACGCUCUAUCAGAUAAGGAAAAGGGACCCAAAGAUAGUAGGUGCCAUCAGCUACCGGCCUUACAGCUUUAGCGCACAAGAUUUCGACGCUGAACACGGGCCGACUAACCCCAGAUUCGGCGACAACUUACCUGUUCACGUACUUCUACGCCUUAUGGAUCUGCUGCACUCUGUGCUGUGGCGCUGGACAGCACGCUGGUGCGGCGUCAGCGCUGUGCUGCUGCAUAAGGACACAGUCAGCCUAUGCGAAGUUCGCUAUUGGCGUACACUCGGCGUGAGACUAGCAGGCUGGAGCGUGAACAGACCUGUUGAGAAGUUAUACUGGCGAUGCGUCCUUCGCGCUCCUUAUCUGGCCAACACACUCGCCGGCGAGAAAGAAAGGGAGAGAGAACCACAGGUUAGCAGUGAGCGGUUGCGGUCUCCGUCCAACAGAGAGUUGUUGACCAAAUUGCACCAAAACCAGUAAAGGAAGAAGUAAAAGAAGAAGAGAGUAAAGGAGAAUUGGUCUAGUAACAGAAUAUUGUUUAAACGUCACGGUUAUAGGCACUGGUCACCAAAGCGAGUAAGCAAUGAGCUAUCGCGACGAGAGACGAGACGCGAUGAUAGCGUGAGCGAGUUGAGCAUUUCUUUUUUUUUUUGCCAAUAAAAAAAAUUGAUUGUUUUAGGAAAUUUUAGGUCAAUUGUACUCAGAAUCACGAGUACUUUCAAUCUCAC